UUGGCUUAUGUGGAGUGGUUCUCCCCGUUCGCUUUGGCUCCGGACAGAACGAGUGGUAUGUACAAGAUAACUAGGUCUAUCCGUGAUGGCGAGAGACUUGCAAGUAUCAUACCGGUCUCGCAGAUUUACCGGAGCAUACACCUGCUCCCGAAGUUUGGGUCCUCAGUUCCUCGGACUUGG